UCAGCAUUGCGUUGGAACACUCAGACACCUAGAUUCAAGUGCAGCAUCAGUAGUGAACAAAAGCAAUGAAAAUGAAGAUUUUCCAGUGUCUCGCCAUCACGUCGGUCUUGGUUGGUCUUUCAAUCUCGGCGGCUGUGCCAGAGCAAGAGGGCGAACCAGCCGAGCAAUCCAAUCGGGCGAUCGUGUUGCCUGGCUCACCACUGAGGAAUGCAUGUCAAUGGCAGGUAAACAACAACCCGUGCGUGAACAACCAGCUCCAGCAGCUCAACUUCCCCCACCCGACCGACAGCGGCAAGUUUAUCCAGUGCGGCAUGUACGAGCGGAUGUUCAUCGUGCAGUGUCCGGCCGGGGAGGUGUAUGAGCAAGCCACGGCCACCUGUGUCCAGCCACAGAUCAUCAACAACCCACAAGUAGUCAACCUGGUAUCCGGCUCGGUUAGCGUGUGUUCCGUGCAGAACCUCCAGUCCGGUCGUAUCUUCUUCGCGGUUCCCGGCGACAGCCGACAGUUCAUCCAAUGCGACCAGAACGGCCAGGCCCGCUACCUGUCGUGCCCUGGCCAGCUGACCUGGGACCAGAGCCGACAGUCGUGCGUCGUCUACGCUAACGGAGGAGCGGUUGCUAACCCGGCGUCGAUUUCUGGUUAUCUCACGGGAAACAGCCCAUGCACAGCCCAAGCCAUCGCAGCCAACACCUUGUUCUUCUCCCACCCUGACCCGACAAAGUUCAUCCAGUGCGAUCUGAACGGAAACGCCUUCGUGCAGCGGUGCCCAUCCGGUCUGGUGUGGAACCAGUACCUGGAGACGUGCGCCUCUCAGCUGGCGACCUUCACCUUGGCGGGGCAGAGCCAGCUCCUUUACCCAAACAAUCAAGGCUAACGUCCAACCGGACAGUUUGCAUUCAUUUGGUCACGUAUACUGAAGAAUGUGAACUUUACUAAACUGGAAUAAAUAACUUGGAGCAUCA